GUGUGAGUACUACCCCUAUGCAAAGCUCGGAGAACGUUCUGAGAGACAAAUCAACCUUUGAAUUCGAUGUAUUUGAAGUAACAAACUGUGUAACUACAAAACAUAUUGGUCUUUCGGGUUUUCUAUGGAAGUUCAGUCAUGUCAGAAGUAGCGGAGCCAGGCGUAAAGCGAGUAAAAUUAGCAGGAGAUGCAGAGGGUCAAGGUACAGCUGAAACCAGCAAAGAGGCUGAAAAGGUGGGGAGUGAUCUUCAGUUUUCCUACUUGUCACUUAGUUGCAAAACCAAGGGUAAAGUCAAAACAUGUGUACCUCGUUCUUUACUUUGAUAAUCUUUCCUGGUAGAAAUGAAGUUUUCCACAGGAGUUCAGUUUCUUUAAAAAAGGAAAAUCCAAGGAGUUUACUUUGAUAAUCUUUCCUGGUAGAAAUGAAGUUUCUAACCCUAACCCUAACCCAAAAUUGUAGCAUUGCACGCGGCAGGGUUGGGCCUACAAAGAGUUUUGCACCUGACUUUCAGGGGCAUAACCAUGAUAUUUUUUGCCAAAUCUAUCGUAACCUCCCGGUUCUCCCAGUUUCCACAUCCCUUGCUUACACUUUUGCUUUCUCCUCAGUAUGGUGAGGUUAUAUACAAACGAAUGGACUGGCAAUUUGUCUGUAAUCUUGUUUGUAGCCUUUUUUUUGAGUGAACUGAAUGGUAAAGCAUCAACAUACCAGGGGGGUCCGGGCUCCGCCCAGGAAAAUUUGAAAUUUAGCAUCUAAAACAGCUGGAAAUGUGCCUAAAAAUCACAUCCUUUUAAUACUGAGCCUCUCUAUGGGCAUGCACCUGUAUUCUGGCAUAAAAAAUUGUAUUGCAUGUGGUGCACGCAGCUAAAAUUGGCUCUGCACGCACAAGAUCUUGUUGAGUCCUGCCAUACUCUGCAGAGUGGCAAACAUUUAGGUCAAGAAACACUCCCUAAUGUCCUGUUGUGUGACACAUCCCUGUAUAGGAUCAGGUACAUUGGAACCCCACCACGUGCACACAGUCGCCUCAUACUGUGCACAAGUUAGUGGACAAAGUUGCCCUUGACCGUUAAAACUGAUGACGUCACAAGCGGUAGAAAGGACAUGGAUGCGCACAGGCAGUUACGGGCAGCUUACAGGGGCGAAUGGGUUAAUCAAUUUUUUGCAUUUUGUUUUACCAAGUUUAUGUUUAUGCACAUUCAUAUCUACCAGGUACCCAAAGAAAUCUUACUGCAUGAACUGGAAAGACUACAGAAAGUGUUGUCAAACAUCUUGCUUGAAGCUAAAGAACACGUAAGAAAUUCUGUUGAAGAUUUCAUUGAAGACAAAGUACGCAAAAUGGGCCCAAUGAUAGGUCACUACUUCUCUACAUUCCAAUCAUUAAAUGUCAUGACAAGAAAAGAUAUGGACCAGGCAGUUAAAAAAAUGUAUGGUUUCAAAAGUAUCCGAGAUGCAGAAGAGGAGCUGUUUCAAGCAGAGCAAGACUGGGACUCUUUCUUGAAAGAAGUAGAUCAUACGUUUGAUCCUUUGUGUGGUUCAGUGAAUGAUACAGAGCUUGUCAUUGGCUCAUAUGGUCCAUGUGAACUUAAGUUAACUGAUGUUUCUACAGAAAGGUUAGUGUAGUAGGAGAUAUGGUGAUAUGCGUGAAUCCUGUGGACUUUCCCAAGGUGGCAGAUCUAGGAGUGGCCUAAAAUUGUGCAAAGCAUUGAAGCUGUUUUAUUACCAAUCUGAUUUCCACAAUGUAGACCCUAAAAGUUAAUCAUUCAAUUGGUAGUAAACGUUGAAGUUCAAAGAAUUUCUAAAGAGUUCUUAAUGACAUCUGUGGGUAGCUUGGCCCAAGCAUCUUAGAUCCGUUGCAAAAUAGGAACUUAAAGCAAAUUGCUAUGGUAACCUCUACUACAGUGGCUGGAAGUAAAAGAGCCCAAAAAUGACUCACUGCACAUGCUUGGAAAUGACCCUUCGCCAUAACGCCAAAUCCUACAAUGUGAAGAUCGGUCUGAUAAUUAAUAAUUGUGGCAUACUAGCUAUUAUGCAUGAGUAUAAAAGUCAACUUUUCUCCUUUUUUGACAAUCGUCUGUUUCAAAACCUUUGAUAGAUUGUUUUUCACUUUAUCAAGAAAGCAUUUCAAUGAUGCUUCUGGUUUUCCAGUAAUUAUGUCUUCCCUGUGUUCUACUAAAAGCAAAAGCAAAUGAGCGAGAAACCCCGUAGUCACUGUUUUUGGUGCCACUUGCUUCAAGUUGAAAUUUGGCGGGCUACAGACUGACAUACUCUCCUCAGGACUACGCAUCCACAACUGCCAUAGUAGAGAUCGCUGUAGGGAUUUGCUUAAAGGCCCCAAAAUCUCUUCUUGGGGGAGCUUUCAGAUUCUGAGAAGCAGUUUUUUUUUAACUUUAUGGGUGAGUGGUGUUAAAUUUUAAUCACUUUCAACUGAAGAACACCACUUUCAAUCAGAAUAUAUUAUUUUCGAAUGCUGUGUUAGACUUGCUUAAUCACAGUGGUUUUUUAGUUUGAAUUUCUCCAAUAAGUGCUGCAUAGAGGCUAUGGUGCUUCUUAACUCUUUUGUCCCAAAUGUGGCCAUUAUUUGAGGGCAGUGCUUAAUCAGGGGCAGGCUUAUUCCAGUAAAUUGGGUUGUGUAUUAUAAAAAUCUUUCACAGUUUUCUUGAGCUCUCUGUGAUGUCAAUCAUGCAAUUUUUUUUUUUUAUCAUUGAUUUGAUGAUCGAAAUCAGUCAUCAACUUUAUACUAAUAUGGAAAAUUUUCCAAAUUUGGUUGGUGCUAGGUGGUUAUGAAAAAUUAGAAAUGAAUAAUAAAGUGAUUUUCUCUUCAAGGCAAUUCACCAUUCAAGACUUGCUAACCUCAGCAUCCACUGUCUUCAUACUUCUGCGUCAUUUUGCAUGACUGCCAUGACGUAACCAUGUGGCCCAAGUGGAAGCAUGCAAAGCAGAAUUUGAGGGCCAUAAUGGACAAGUUGUUGUAGUCACCUUUGGAAACGUG